AAGAGAACUUGUUUCCUGUUCGCUGUGCAUUGUGGGACGCCAUUAGAUCGUAGAGCAGAGCCACGCUAGUAAGUGACACGGAAUACAAACAGAAGUUGAGUCCGCGCUUUUGCAGAAGGCCGAGGGUUGAAGGUCUUGUUUCCUCGCUCUCAGUUAGUUUAAUUUCCAUCAGCUGUCAAUAUGUCUAUCGGGGUACCAAUUAAAGUUCUUCAUGAGGCUGAAGGCCACGUUGUGACGUGUGAAACCAACACUGGAGAGGUGUACAGGGGAAAAUUGAUUGAAGCAGAAGAUAAUAUGAACUGCCAAAUGUCCAACAUCACUGUGACGUAUAGGGAUGGAAGAGUGGCACAGCUAGAGCAAGUCUACAUCCGAGGCAGCAAAAUCCGUUUCCUCAUUCUCCCAGACAUGUUGAAAAAUGCACCCAUGUUAAAGAGUAUGAAGAAUAAAAACCAGGGUUCGGGUGCAGGUAGAGGGAAAGCAGCCAUCCUCAAAGCCCAAGUGGCAGCGAGAGGAAGAGGCCGUGGGAUGGGACGCGGGAAUAUCUUCCAAAAACGGCGAUAACCACAAUUGGUUUUGUAUUUUUAAUGUGGUGAUAUGUUUUGAUAUGUUCCUGAAUAUUUUCCAUUUUUGUUUUUUUUUCUUUUGCUUAAUAAAACUGUUCAUGAACGGAA